AUGAGCCACGAAGAUAGACUACAUAAAAUAGGACUUACUACUUUGGGUGAAAGAAGAAAACGGGGGACAUUGACAAAGUUGUUCUGCUAUGUCACAGGAAGUGUGGAGUUAGAAGAAGACGGCCUCUAUUUUGAUCACCAUGAGAACAACAUACGAGACGCUCUGAGCUUAGCUAUUCCCAUAGUGGAAGAAACUAGGUCUUGUAAACAUCUACGGUGUAACGCUGUGCCUCUGUGCCGGUCGUUCUUGCAAGAAUACCGCCGCACUGGCCGACGCCUCACAUCAGCGGGGCAUUCGGACAGCUCUGGCCUGUCGUCGCCUUCAGAGGACCGUCGGCCCCUGAACAGGAAGCCCCCGGGAUACCGUGGGGCCAACCAGUCCUUCAGGGAGUCAUCGGAGUUCAGGGUCGGGGAGGCUGUGAGGGAGCUGAGUCCAAGGGGUCCCAUGAAGAACUCGACCUCGCUGCCGCACUUCUCUUCCGGCAAGGACAGUGGGUUCGACGAGACUCCUCCAGUCGGGGAUGAGUUCGCCACCAGUCGUGGAGGUCGAUCUGGAGGGGCUUUUAUUGUAUCUGGAGUGUUCAAUGACUCUUCUAGAAUGUUCAUCCCAGCGCCACCGUCCCCAACUCCUGACUAUGAUGAUGAUGGAGAGUCAGAUGGAAAUGAGUCUGACAUCCUUCAGGGAUCACAAUUUUAUGUAGUGACAGACCAGCAAGGAGAACCUGUGAAAAAGAAACUGACCAACAGGGAUUCCUUGAGUGAUGACAGUCUCCAGAAUGCUCCAGUCACAACCAAGAGCACUUCUAAAUCAUCUACACCACCAAAGACACCCUCAACACCCCUGCAGAGCAUGAUGAGGGCAUUUCAUAAAGGUCUUCCUGACCUAGAGCAAGAGAAUGGAUUUUCUGAUGAUUCCCUCGAGGAUUCUGUGACUGCUCAAUCUCGUCCUUCCACCAUCAGUCAGAAACCACACAGACCUACCUCUAUGGAGUCUCUUGUCUCUAUGGAGAGCUCUACCGCUUCAUUUGAUUAUAUGAAUGCAGGUCAAGCAAAGAAUUCUUCCUAUGGGAGAGCAAGGUCAAGGCCAAACAGUGCUGACACUGGAGCCCAGAAAGGAGGUAAUGUGAGAGACAGGAAAGACUUGAAUGGUAAGGUUAAAAAAUCGACACCCAGGUCAGCAGAAAAUGGCAUUGGACAAAAGGGUAAUUUAAGUAACAAAGACAGUGAGAAAAACAUUGAAGAAUCUAAUAACUUUAGCAGACAGAGUUCAAGAGAGAGUUCACACAGCUCUGGCUCAACUAGUUCCAAACCUAGUGAAAAGUUUGAUACUAUAAGACAUAUGUUGAAAGAAGGCUUGAUAGAAGGGUUAGAUGAAAGUCCACCUACCUUCAAACCACCUCCACCAAUUAAGAAAACACCAAAUGGAGUCCAUGCAGAAGACAGAGCAGAUAGUGGACUAGGUUCUGCUGUCAGCACAACUAGGACAGAUGAAAGUGGUGGCAGUGAUAAUCGAUCUGAUUUUUCAGGUACUCCACCAUCUAUUCUUUCCCCACAAGAUGGAGAUGCUACAAAGAAAGGCAGACCAGAAACUAAAAGAGGGAAGGAAACAAUACGUAGUCGUACAUCCAUUGGGUCAGAGGACAUGGAGAGAAAUCGAGAUGAAGGGGAUGAAGUAGAGGUUAUGAUGCAAGAGACAAUGGAAAUUCCUCCUCCUCCUCCUCCAAGGGAUGAGUCAAUGCACUGGACUCCUCGAACCACCACUCCCUUGUCGCAAAAAGAUUCUGCCAGAAGUUCAUUAAGAGCAACGCCAACCACACCCUCCACAUCUAAAAAUUCAAGCUGGUUGCACAAUGCUAGCAAGGAAGAGAUGGUUGAAAUAUCCUCUGCCAACUCUCCUCUGCCUGCAGGAGAGAAAAUUACCCAUGUUGAUGAUUUGUAUGGACAGCAUGAACAUGUGGGCAAUGGAAAUGAGGUUAGCAGUGCAAUUAAUGGAUCUUUAGCAAGCCAGUAUAGCAUCCAGGAUAAUGACAACCCAUUGACAGAUCGUGAUUUCUUAGAGAAUCUUAAAAACCUAGAGCCUCGUCCUCGGCCAGAUACCUUAGCAGUGAUUAGUGAAGACCAAGGAAGCAUUGGGUCCAAGAGCAGCCGAUCUGGACGGUUGUUAUCAAGACUUGCAGAUUCUGUCCGUAGUGGAAGUAGAACACCAACUCCCUCCUCAUCCAAUAGUUCCACCACACGUGCCACCACCACCAAACUGACCUCAACAUCAAGGUCUUCCACCCGCAUACAUGGCGACAUCAUCAGGGAUCCAUGGCGAUCAUCCUUGAGGGAAUCAGCCUUGCCUUCCCCUCAAGAAUACGCACGCCUUCCAUCACUCAGUCCCUCCGUCGUUCCCCUUACUCGUGAUGGAUCUGGUCGCUUCAGGAGCAUUGAAGACCUUGCUGAAGCUGUCUCAGAGCCCACACAGCAGGAGGUCACACUCACUGGAAAGAAGAAGAAACACUCAACACUUCCGCCCAACCUCACACCAGCAGAUAUGAAAAAAGAAAAUAAGGAACUGCGAAGAGCAACUUCGUUGAUGGUCGGCAAAAAAGGAAAAGACGGUGAAGGCUCCAAGUUCCGCUUCAACUUCUUCCGGGGAUUUUGGCGAAGGAAACAGUACUCCUUCGACAACAAAGUGUAGCUUAAUGACACGUGAUGUAGCUGCAACGUUAUCUUCUCCCAGACUCCUGAAGUGUAAUCUGCCAUAGAACAGCCAAAUACUCAUCAAAAUACAUGGCCAUUCGGACAGAUUUAGCUAGUUGUUUAAGGUGUAUAGUUGGUAACCACUCAACGCGUGGUCAACGGUGGAUAGGGUUUGGUUUAACAUCUUUAAGGCUGACAAUGCAGUUGCAGAUCGCCAGGUUAUAAUAAAAUGUUUGUUGGGGCCCUAAGUGUGACUCCUGCAAUGUAUAUAGCUAAUAGUAAGUUAUAAUGUACAUUAUAUAUAGGGGACAGUUUUUUUUCGAAGUCCAAAAUUCUGUCCAGUAAUUUUUGGGGCGACUGGUCAGUUGAAAAAUCCAUCCUCAAAUUACUCACAAAAGUCAAAUUUUCAUGAAGCUAGAUUAAGUAGUAAUUUACAAUCUCCAUUUUCUUUAAUAGCUUAAACCAUCAAAAAUAAAAAAUAAACUAGGUUGUAUAGAUAUAUUGCUUGUAAGCUGUGUGUUGUCAGAUUCGGAAAGGUCGCCGGUCAUAUAAGCCUCUUUCAGCGGCUGUGUUUUGCUUCGAUGUCAACAGCCAUUGUUCCUUUAUAGUGCAGUCUCCAUUCACACGAAGCCCCCCCCCCCCUCCCAACCUCACAAGCAGGAAAUGCUGUCCAAGGCAACGGUUGGUCUUAACAUAGCCUGUAAUUAUAGUUACAGUCUUCACCCCAUUUUCUUGUAGCUAUCACACGUCUACCGAAUGAAAUUAGAAGUAAAUUUCAGUUCAUUUGCUUGGCAUACUUAUUGUCAAGAACAUGCGGUUGUAUAUCAAGCUUCAACCUUACUGCAAAUGAACUGUAGUUUAUGUAUAGGUUUCCCUAGCAAGUGUAGACAUGUGAAUAGGUAACAAGUUCUGGCAAUGGAGGCGAUAAGAAAAAUAUCGUCACCCUUAGCCUCAAAAUGCGCCAGGCUCAGGUUAACUUGGCACACAACUCACAACCAGUCCCCUCCUACACACACGCAAGGCAGUUCCGCUUGGUUGUAUUGACUCGUCAGUCCUCCACAGCAGAGAUACUGCAGGGGCCUUCGUAACGUAAUUGAUUUGUUCACUUGUCAAAUUUCUGGUUACACAAGGGGUUUGUAUUUUUCGAGUCCAUUUAUCAAAUACUUGUGGGAUUUAUAGAUGUAUAUUGUAAAUAAAAGUUUUUAUUUAACCAUUUAGCAUUAUAUAUAGUGAAAAGGUUUUAUUACUUGACACAAAACUAACAAUUUUAUUCCACAAUCCGGUGAGUUCAUCGCUACUUGUACAUAUCUUAUCUUGGUAGCGUGUAAUUGUUUGUGGAUGUGGUAUAAUCUUUGCUAACACGGCCACCUGUAUUUGUAACCACGAAAAGGGUUUAAUUUAACUGUCAGUGUAACAAGAAAACUGUCCUUGAAUGUAAAGCCACAUCUAAUAUAAUUUUAACCUCGAUGGCAUAAGUAAAAUCUUAGGUUUAAGGUCCGAGACCAUCUACCAUGCUUUUCAAGAUCUGAAACCUUAAUUGGCAAUUGCUUAUUGGUGUAGUGCCCGAGCAAUGUUGAAAUUUGCCAUCUCAUCUCACCGCUUGCAACAUCUUGCUCAUGAUGGUACCAAGUCUAAGAAUGGGUGGCAGCAAAGACUUGAUUGUACUUAAAACUUUCCCGCUACAUUGUUUUGUAAGUCAAAUUGUCUAAUGCAUUUUUAUUAACCUGUAAAACACUUGGCAAAAUAAACAUUACAAUAAUUGGUGUUUUUUAUUCUUCUUUUUCUUCGAGUGAGAUGUUCUCUCCAUAUUAAAGACCUAAAUAUUUAUGAAAUACAGGCGCACUGCAUUAUUCCUGCUUACCAUCAUUAAUUAUAGGCUCUAGAUUAACAGGCUUUGCGUUCCACCCUUACAGUUUGUACGUCCUGCUAUUUUGCAAUUUUACAAAAUUAAGAAAAGUUGGAAUUUCUCCUUACCCCACAAUAUAUGACUAAACUGACAAAGCCAAAGUCUAUAGAAUCUCCAUCUACAAAACUAGCAUGCAAUGUCUACUACCAGUUCAGAUUUGAGUCCGAUUAAUAUUUUUGUACAUCUACCCCAAUGUCUAUUUCUAAGGUGAAAAAACAAUUACGUUGGAUGCAAGUGACUUUCACAAAUGAAGCCAGCCUAGCUACAAGGUGCACUGGAUCCACUGGCAUGCUUGGGAAAAUGGUUUACAAAAAGAAAAUGAGCCAGUUAUGUGCACCUUAACCAAGGGAUAUAUAAAAAUAUAAUGUUAUUAAGUAGUGUUUAUUGGGGGGGGAAUGGAAGCUGUACAAUACUGAGCGUCCGCAGUAGAACUACUGACGCGGCAGAACACCAAGCCUGGGCACAUGGGCCAAUUUUGUGCCUCCAAGAAUUGCAGUGCCAACCCUGAGUGGGUGACACUACACUGGAACCUUAACAGUUAAAAAAUUGUGACCAGCGAUUCUGAACCAGAGAUGCGUUUUGAACAGGAAAAUGAGCUGCGUUGAACCAAUCACCUCGGGUUCAUAAUCGCCGAUCUCUCGUGAAUCCAUGACAGGGAUCCCCCCAAACUUUUUUCAAAAUUCAAGUUCAAAAUCCCCCCCAUCCCCAAAAAAGCACGGGGUUCAAAGAAAAAAUUAUUCCCCGUAAUCAUAAUCAAAAAGAAAGAUUGGCUUUAUAACAAAACUUAUCAAGACUGAGCAAUUGCGCAGUAAUAGUAAUUAGGACCCAAUAUUCAGUUACAGGCUAGAGUAGGUUUUCAUACAAGAAAAUAUAGUUCGUUGGAUAUCAACAUAAAAGAUACCAGUUGAGAUAAGGAAUGCUUAUUCCAUUUAAUAGUUUCCAUUUACAGCUGUUGGGUACAGGAAACUUUAAAUUUCAUUUAGGAACAAAUUUAAUAUAAAAAAAAUAAAACAAAAAAUCAACACUGGGAUCAGUGGCUAGCAGAGACUAGACACUCACACAAGUAUGUUGGAGUGUGGGAGUUGAGGAUGAGGAAAAUACUGAGAUGGAGGCAAGACUGAAAAAGGCAAUUUGUCAAGAGGUAUGUUCUGGAGAUUGAAAGCAGAGGAAGACAAAAUUAUCAGGAUUAUAAGGACAAGGUUAACAGAUCAUCCGUCUCCCUACCACUAAAUGCUCGCAAAUAUACACAGGCUAGCCACUUCACUAAUAGUUGCAAAAACCAUCAGCUGCAAACCAUCACUUAUAUAAGAGUGCAAGUUAAUUCACAAAAAGCUGCAAUAAUAAAAUGUCCAUGGAAAAAAUUUAUUAUA